GCGUCGAUUUCGAUUAUAUUGUUGAUUUUUUUUGUUUGGUUGAAGUUUUUAUUUAUUUAUUUAUUUAUUUUGGUUGAUAAUUCACAUUGAGAGCUUCAAUUUUGAGAGUUACAUAUGCUUCCAAAUGUUUGUGCUCGAUUUCCAUGUUUCUCCAGAGCUUUCAAGUUUUAUUUAUUUAAAUUUUUUUUUUUUUAAUUUUUUUUUUUUUAAUUUUUUAUGUGGGUUUCAUUAUUCAUUUAUGGGCUCAAUUUUUGUUCUCCAUCGUGUGAUUGUUUAGACAAAUUUUAGUUUUGUUCAUAAUGAUUUGGGAACGUGGUUUUACUCCAAAAAUUGAAUGUGCGUCUCCAUUUUUUUUGAACUCGACUCUGUUCCCUAGAAGUUGAAGAACCAACCUUUGCAAACGUGUUUGCUUUAUUAAUUCAAUGGGUCUCUGAUGUCAACAAAAGACAUUUGUGUGAUUCUCCUCAGUGCAUUUCUGGGUUAUACAACUGUCUUUAUGUUUAGAGCUUUCUAUCUAAUUGGAGAUUUUGACUUUACACCACGUCUUUAUAAUUUGGUUGAUUAUUGAGUAUUUAUGUUUAUAAUCAAAUGAAUGUUUGUCCUUGAAAAGAUAUUCGUAAUUUGAUUUUCGAAUGGGCUUGAUAUACCUUCGGGGUUUGUAUUAUUGAGUUAAUUUAUGAUUUUUGCUUUCAGAUUUGAUUGCUUUUAUCUAUAUCAAUUUAAUAAUCUUUGUGGAUAGUAUAUAAGGCUAGCAUGGCAGCCACAACUCCUACAAGAUGAUCACUUAAAGGAGACCAUUCCGAAUAUCUGUGCUCGUGUUCUGUUUUUCCUAUAUUUUCAUCUUUUUAAGCAUGCUGGUUUUUUAUUCCUGAGGGUUAUGUUGAUCAUCGUCUAAAAUGGUUCGGUGGUUGUGGAGUAGGACAGGAUGCUCUCGUUUGCUCUAUGGAUGUGAGAUGGGAUUUAAUCGCCAGCAGAAAGCCAGUCUGGUGAAUGUAAAGUUAAAAUCGGUGAAAGAUAGGGUAUUGGAUGCUGUUGUGGCAGGUGAUAGGGAUCUAAGAGCUGCCAGCAUUCUUGUUUCCAUAAUAUCUGUGAAUCCUCAUUGUUGCCUUCCAGUUUACCACCUCUCCCACCAAAGAGGGCAACUCAGUCUCCCCCACGAUCUUAAGAUCUCCACCUUUAUGAGGAGAUAUCCCACUAUUUUCGAUGAGUUUCAUGUUCUUGACAGUGGAGGUACUAGAGUUCCCUGGUUUCGCUUGACUCCUAAAGCACUAGAUCUCCAUCAAGAAGAACUCGGUAUCUACCAAAAUUGUGAGAUGGAUCUUCUUGACAGGUUCUGCAAGCUGCUCAUGCUCACCAAAGAUAGGAUUCUUCCUCUACAAACGAUUGACCAGCUAAAAUGGGACAUUGGUUUGCCAUUUGAUUACCCUCAUUCAUUGAUUCCCCAUCACCCAGAUAUAUUUUCUUUGAUUCACCUACCUGAUAAUCGUGUUGGCUUGAAACUCCUAUCCUGGGAUGUUAACCUUGCUGUGUCUCAAUUGGAAAAGAGUGCUGCUUUGCAGCAAAGGGAAAAAGAUGUUGAAAAUGGCAGCUUAGCAUUUCCAAUUGGAUUCACAAGGGGUUUCGGAUUGAAGAGAAAAUGCAUGGAGUGGUUAGAAGAGUUGCAGAGGCUCCCUUAUACUUCUCCUUAUUCAGAUGCCUCUCACUUAGAUCCGCGUACAGAUGUAUCUGAGAAGAGAAAUGUUGGUGUCUUUCAUGAGCUUCUCCACCUCACCAUACAAAAGAAAACAGAGCGCAAGAAUGUGAGUAAUCUCCGUAAACCACUGGCCUUGCCACAGAAGUUCACGAAGGUGUUCGAACGCCAUCCUGGCAUAUUCUACAUUUCUAAGAAGUGUGACACCCAAACUGUUGUUCUUAGGGAAGCUUACGACCGUCAUCAACUAAUCCAGAGACACCCCCUUGUUGACAACAGGGAAAAGUUUGCAAGUAUGAUGAAGGAAGGGUUUCUGGAUAGGAGCAGGGGCUUAUACAAGAGAAACAGAGAUGCUGUUGUUGAGGAGGAUCGAUUUAGGAAUGUUUGUAGUAAUGAACUCAGUGACAAUGGAUUCAAAAAUGAAGGAGAAUCAGAUGAUUCAGAUUGUAAUUUUCUUUCAGAAUAUGAAUCAGAUGAAACCAUAGAUGAUCCUUGCUAAAUUCAUCAGAUGCUUUUAGCAGUUAGCCUUCAUGGAAUGUUUUGAAACCCCAUAGUGUAUCAGCAGUAUUUACAAUAUUUGGAGUACAAUAGCAUUCAUUCCUUUUGAUGCUGCACCUCAUUAAAGAUUAUGAGCAUCCCCGAGCAUGUAAUUCAUGCAAUUAUGCAUUUGGAGUUCAAUUGAAAUGGUUCCUAUUCUGCACACCAAGUUUGAGCAUCCAUUUCGUAUAAUCUUUUGAAUUGAACUUUCAGUGAGAUAUCUAAAUGAUAUGUGGAAGAUUAGCUGCUGGUUGUAAAAGCUAAGGAUUACCUGCAACAUAAAUGUGAAAGGUGAUCCAAGAACUCAAAUCUCCACUGCAACGUGAAACAACUAAUGGAAAAGGUCUCUGUUAAACCUUGGCACCAAGGUUCAUCCUUCCAAAGUGCAUGGUCACAGUGGAUGAUUCUGCUUUAAAGACCAUCAAUCAAGUGAGUCUCACCUAUUGAACAGGGGCUGGCUCUGCCAAGGGAUAAUAAUACCACAAGGGAGAGCGCUAUUUGGCUGUUAUACACUUAGCUUGACACUUUUGUAAUGUUGGCAUGGAGACGUGAUCAUUUGGAGAGAGACGAGUUUGCUGAACUAAUUCAGAAACUUGUGGCUGAGAAAAAGUAAUGUGGGGCUGAGAAGAUAAAGUCCGAUUGGCAGCUUCUGGAAGAGGACAUGGUUGAAUUGAAAACUGCUUUCAAGAUUGGAAGGGUAUGACCAUUGGGAAAGGCUAAACAUAUGACCAUUAUCAUGGAUGAAUCCUAUAGUGAAGAUACAAGGAGGUUUAUUCUGUUGGAUUCAGCAUUCCAGUAAACCAGGUGAUCCUUUGUGAGGAGAAUUUCAAGGGCAUUUCUAAUUUAGAAUUCAUUAUCGCAUUGGCCAGAGCUGCUUGCACUAUAUACACGUCUUUUUCUCUUGUAAAAAGGUGACACAAAAUUUGCCCAAGGUUUACAGACCUAUUUGCUAUCAAGGGAUUACCAUAAUUUAAAGUUGGAGUUUCAACUUGGAAACGGAAAGAUUAAGGUUGAUUGCGUUGAAAAUCAGCCUGCAGUGGAGGUGAUGUUAGGACAAACAUGUAUUCUUGUCAGUUGGGGAUUACUUCUUGCGCACAAAAACUCAGUGAUUUUAUCUCAUUGGUUGGUUUUACAUUCUUCAAAAUCUUUAUUUUUUUUUUUUGGAAGAAUAACCAAAAAGAAGGGACUAAACAAAGAGAAACACAUUAUUUCCAAAGGGAUACAUGCAGGCGGUUAUAGUUGUUAUUGUUGCUUUGUUGUAUAUGGAUGGAGUUUCCAGAAAAUACAUACACAUAUUAAUGAUUGAGCGUGUAAA